AUGCAGAUCGAUCCUUUGGCAGACUAUUACUUCCAACAUGAACCACAAAUAAUUUGUGGCCAAGAUGUCAAAUCUAUAACAGACGAGUAUGUUGAUGAUUAUCCAUCCGUGGUAGAUCGCUUUUUCACACGCUAUUAUUAUAUUAAAAAAGGUGGCGACCAAUCACCUUACCAAGUACUAUUUCACUCCAAUCGCAUAUGCUUGAUCUGUCUUGCCCCGGAGCAUCCAGCAUUCAGCAAAGGUAUAGCUAGCAUUAAUUUCGAUAUAGGACAAACAGAUCGUGCCAAAAACACUGUAAAGGGAAAGGGCAAAAAAGGUGGUAUGGUACUACAACACGACUCAACUUUGGCCUUACUCACCACCAAAACGGGUGAGGUUUAUAAAAUUCCCAGCUGUGUGCGAAGUAAACUAGUUGAGGUUAAUACAAAAUAUGCUGAAGAUCCGGAAAGUCUUAUAACAGCGGAAGAAGGCGCAGGCUAUUUCGCCAUUGUACUACCCAAACCAGAACAUUGUGAAGAGAUUAAGGCCAGCCUUAUGAAUCAAGAACAAUAUGACGAGUAUAUGAAGAAAUCAAAAGCAAGUGAGGCUAACGCAGACGAGUGAUAAAUCUUCAGGAAAUCAAAUUGACUAUACUAUAAGAUUUUAUAAUAAAUGUCAACAAAACAGAUGUAAGUGUAA